AAACAGCUAGGUGAACAUACAUGCAAAAAUUACCGCACAUAUUUUGUUACUAACUACAUAGGUGUUAUGGUAGAAUGAAAUAUAAGCAAAAAAUAUGAAGCAUUUUUCAAGUAGCUUAUUAAUUGCUUUCUCAAAUUUAUUAGUAAACUGCUAAGGCAAAAUCUACGUACUAUAAAUAUAAAUAUACAUGUUAUUGCUUUUAAUAACCUAAUAUGCUAUUACUUCAUAUACAGUAGGUAAGCGUUGAUACAGCGGUGAUAAAUGGAAACCGUAAAAAAAUUACAGCGAUUUUAUGUAAUGUAACUAUUCCCCGCUCAUGUGGAUCAUUGACAAACCGUAACUGGGUGUCAAUAAAUUGAAUACAGUGACAUCUCACUCACAUUAAUUAUUUAAACUUCGAACCGAAGUCCGAAGUAGAGUAUCGCCACUCGCCUCUAGUUGGCACUACACGAGAUCGAUAGUUAUCAGUUGUGUGGAUCGAUUGAGAGCAGAGUGCCUAGUGCGAGUUGAACAAAAUUUUGCGAAUGACUUCACUGUCGAGUUUAGCGAGUCAACUUCAAACGAACCGAAUGCAAUAUUUAAGCGAGUGCGAGUUGCCAUCUCGCAAACUACUCGCAUCACGUUUCCUCACGGCGAAUAGCGAUGAUCAUUUUUGUUAGGUUGGUGUUCCGUUCGCUUGGUGGGAUAAACCUACCAAAUUUAGAAAGACGUCAUUUUAGCAUGUAAUCGUAUGGGACGAAUGUCUUUCAACAUUUUUGGGGUUAUUGUUUGACGUUUUGUUUAUGUUUGAACCGGCGCGACGCCCGAAAAUUUGUAGUUGUUUUGAAUUCAUUUAAUUAAUUUAAAAUGAAGACAAGUUCAUCCCAAUUUGAUAUGUUGGUGACAUUUAUGGAGCAGCAUGGAGACAUAAGCAAACCAUCCUCCCAUGCAAGAGGUAAAAUAGCCUGUUUGGGUUAUUGGGAAGAACUAGCACAAUUGCUCAAUAGUGACGGUAGCGGUGACUCUAAAACUGUUGACAAAUGGAAGAAGGUUUGGAGUGAUUAUAAAAAUAACACAAAGAAAAAAGCAGCCCGCUUGCAUAGAGCAGCUAGCGGUACUGGUGGUGGUCCUGCCAUGCACAUCAAGCUAUCAGACUUAGAACUCAGAGUUCUCAAUAUGAUUGGUGCGCAAGUAGCAACGGGCUUAGCGGUGGCAGAGGCUGGGUUGGCACAGGGGGUUCACAUUCCACCACAAGUUCAAUGCGAAGAAGUUCCACAAGAUAGUAAUGAGCCAGCACCAGCAACCUCACCAAUACCGGCACCAGCAGGCUAACCGCUACCAACUUUAACAAGAGCUUUAUCUUCCCCGCCUCUUAUGUUUGUUGAGGAAGAGAUACAAAAUACCCAACCUUGGAACGAGCCUGGGCCAUCAACCUCAUAUGUUGCUCAAAGGACAUCUCAGGCAACACCUAUUACCAUCAUACCAUCAUAUGUGCAGGCACGAUUGGAAGACAAUACGGGUAUGCUCUCUCCAACAAGACCCUCUUCUCAAGUCCAUGUAGUCCAGGCAGAGCCUUCACAAGCUGGACCCACAACACCACGCCAUUCAAGGCAACGAAGACUCCGAGGCUCACCCCGCAGACCUGUGAGGCCACCACGGACAGAGGAGGCAGCUCAACAAUUUCUCCAAGCUGAAGAGUACUGGAGAAAUUUCAAAAUGGAGCAACACAGGGACUACAUGGAGUUGAAGAGAGAGCAGAAUAGAAUAAGAGAAAUGGAACUUAAAAUUCAUAGCGAGUGGCAAGCUGUAGGAUUAAGGGCGUUAGAUGCAAUAAAUAAAUUAGUAGAUAAGUUUUGUAAAGAUUAAUUAGUUAGUAGUUUAUUUGUAUUUGUAUGUUUAUUGGGAUUAUUUUCUUUUUGUG